AUGCCGGUGAUGAGGGGCCUCCUGGCUCCCCAAAACACCUUCCUGGAUACCAUAGCAACCCGCUUUGAUGGCACGCACAGUAAUUUUGUUCUGGGCAAUGCCCAAGUCCGGGGAGCAUUUCCGGUGGUGUACUGUUCUGAUGGCUUCUGUGAACUGACCGGCUUCUCCCGGGCUGAGGUCAUGCAACGUUGCUGUGCCUGCAACUUCCUCUAUGGGCCAGACACCAGUGAGCUGGUGCGCACCCAGAUCCGCAAAGCCCUUGACGAGCGUAAGGAAUUUAAAGCUGAGCUCAUCCUCUACAGGAAAAGUGGUGUCCCUUUCUGGUGUCUCUUGGAUGUGGUGCCUAUCAAGAAUGAAAAGGGGGAAGUGGCCCUUUUUCUAGUCUCCCACAAAGACAUCACAGACACCAAAACCAGAGCAUCUGCAGAAAACUGGAAGGAAGGAGGUGGACGGCGCCGUUACAGCCGAGCUGGAGCUAAAGGCUUCAAUGCCAAUCGUCGGCGAAGCCGGGCGGUACUUUAUCACCUCUCAGGACAUCUCCAGAAGCAAGGCAAAGGAAAACGCAAACUCCACAAGGGUGUGUUUGGUGAGAAGCCUGCCUUGCCUGAAUACAAAGUGGCUGCCGCUCGCAAGUCGCCAUUCAUCCUGCUGCAUUACGGCACCUUCAAGGCUGGCUGGGACGGACUGAUUCUCCUGGCCACGCUGUACGUGGCUGUCACAGUGCCCUACAGUGUCUGCUUCAAUGGCACCAAGGAUGAAGGGCUUCCAGAGGCUUCUCGUGCACCCCCCAGUGUCUGUGAUCUCUCUGUGGAAAUCCUUUUUAUCUUAGACAUCGUGUUAAAUUUUCGCACUACGUUUGUCAGCAAAUCAGGGCAGGUGGUCUUUGAUCCUCAUGCUAUAUUCCUACACUACUUGACCCGCUGGUUCGUGCUGGAUCUCUUAGCAGCAUUACCCUUCGACCUUCUCUAUGCCUUCAAGGUCAACGUGUACUUUGGGGCACACCUGCUGAAGACGGUGAGGCUCUUGCGGUUACUGCGGCUGCUGCCCAACCUGGAUCGGUACUCACAGUACAGCGCCGUGGUGCUCACCCUGCUCAUGACUGUCUUUGCCCUUCUGGCUCACUGGGUCGCCUGCGUCUGGUACUUCAUCGGCCAGCGGGAAGUCGAGAGCAGCCCCUCCCAGUUGCCCGGGAUAGGUUGGCUGCAGGAGCUGGCUCGACGCCUGGAGACUCCCUAUUACCUGGCUCAGAGGAACAGCAGUGGUGAAGAAGAACCUGCCAACCAGACUAGUUCCUCCCUCAACGGCACAACUUGGGAACUCUUAGGGGGACCCUCCUUGCGCAGUGCUUAUAUUACCUCCCUAUACUUUGCCCUCAGCAGCCUGACCAGUGUGGGCUUUGGCAACGUAUCGGCAAACACCGACUCAGAGAAGAUUUUCUCCAUCUGCACCAUGCUGGUAGGGGCACUCAUGCAUGCGGUUGUCUUCGGCAACGUAACGGCCAUCAUUCAACGCAUGUAUGCUCGGCGCUUCCUCUAUCACAGCCGUACACGUGACCUGCGUGACUACAUCCGUAUUCAUCGGAUCCCUCCGCCGUUAAAGCAGCGCAUGCUGGAAUACUUCCAAGCCACCUGGAGUGCCAGCAAUGGGAUUGAUACACGGGAGUUGCUGCAUAGCCUCCCGGAUGAGCUGCGUGCCGAUAUUGCCCUGCACCUUCACAAGGAUCUGCUCCAGCUACCCCUUUUUGAGGGGGCGAGCCGGGGCUGCCGGCGUUCCCUUUCACUCAGUGUCCGAAUGUCUUUCUGCACGCCGGGGGAAUACCUGAUCCGGCAGGGAGAUGCACUCCAGGCUCUGUAUCUCAUCUGCUCGGGCUCCAUGGAGGUGCUGAAAGAUGGCACUGUGCUUGCCAUCCUAGGGAAGGGAGACUUGAUUGGUUGCCACAUCUUAUCCAAGGAACAGGGGGUCCAGGCCAAUGCAGAUGUGCGGGGCCUCACCUAUUGCGACCUACAGUGCCUGAGCUUGCCUGGCCUGCUGGCUAGUCUGGAGCUCUACCCAGAAUUUGCCAGCAACUUCCGCCGUGAACUUCCCUGUGAACUCAGCUAUAACCUGGGUGGAGGCAGCGUCUUCCAGGUGAAUGGAGCAGGGUGAUGAAAUCUCUGUUA